AUGAAUGCUAGAGGCUUUUGUCCAAGAAAAGAGCGGGGCGCUCGCCAUCCAUCAAAGUAUGGAGGACAGACUUGGGGCCAAAGUUCAACGGAUGCAUGGUUUUCCUUCGGUUUCUUCGGUCUCUUUCAUGCUCGAGCUCAACAGUGCGGCUCUUCGCUAGUGUUUGAUCGAGAACUGAAGAAAAAACAACGAGAUUGGGCUGCACGUCAGAAAGACUUUGAUGAGGCACAGUAUCUAAAAGAAGAGAUCGGAUGGAGGGUUGCCGAUAAGGUGUUUGACCUAACAAAAUUCAACCCACUGGCGCUAGACAUAGGCUGCGGCGUUGGUCAUAUCGCACCCCAUAUGAUCAAGGAGAAUGUGGGAACCCUCAUACAAUGCGACAUGAGUGCAACGAUGGUUGAAAAAAGUCACGGAGCAGAUGACAGCGAGGUGAGUUGUAUCAAUCAUCACCUGAAUUAUGUUUAAUG